AAUCGUCCCUUCCCGACUCCCCAUCGACAGAAAAAUCCUCCUGAAGGGCUGAGAGAGAGAGAGAGAGAGAGAGAGAGAGAUGGAUAGGGUUUCCGAAAGAGAGAAAUCGAGCAGAAAAUCCAGAGACGACACAGAUAGAGACUCCCCCAAACGCCACCACCGAGAUCGAGAUCGAGAUCGCGAUCAUCGCAGCAGCCGCGACGGUAGAUCGCGGGACACCGAAGAUGAUCACCGUAGCAGCCACGACGGUAAAUUGCGGGACACCGAAGAUAAUCGGCACCACCACCAUCACAGCAGCCACGAAAAGCACCGACGCGAUCGGUCCCCUUCGAAAGAAGAUGAUGCCUUCAAACACAAGCCUCAGAAACACCGGCACGAUCGGUCCCCUUCAAAAGAAGACGAUGCCGCCAAGAACAAGCCUCAGAAGCACCGGCACGAUGGGUCCCCUUCGAAAGAAGACGAUGCCUCCAAAUACAAGUCUCAGAAGCACAGAGACUCCGACCAGCAUCGGUUGAAAGAUCGCCCGCAGGAUCUCGUUAAGCGCGACCGGACAAAUGGGAGAGAGGGUAGCCGCGAUGGGGAUCACGAAGAAUCCUUGGAGCGGCGGUCUUCAUCUUCCUUGCAUAAGAGGAAAGAUCACGGCGAUGAGCGGUCAGAUCGCAGUGAAAAGCGAGCUAGGGUUUCGGAGGAGAGGAGAGAGAGGCGGCGGUUCGAGGAUAGGGCUGUUGUGGAAGAUGAGGGUUCUAGGGAUAUGAAUGGGAUUAGUAGGAAAGAGAGGGGAGAGAGGCGGAAAUUUGAGGAAAAGGAGGCGGUAGAUGCCCAAGAAGAGAAGAAAUAUGCUGUAAAUGAGUCAUCCGAUAUCGUUCGCAGUGCCGUCGCUUCAAAUGGGAGCAGUUCUGUUGGUAAUGGUGCUGCUCUGGGACCGCUCAAUGUGGCACUGCCUGAAACAUCUUCUGCUUCCAAUGACCCCCUUCCCACAAAGGUAUCUUCAAUUUCUACCACCAAUGAAAAUAAGGGAGUUAGUGUUACCAGAUCUCAUGAGGUUCAUGGAAACUCCAGUACAGAUGGGACAACAACUUCAGCUGCUGGCAAAGGCGGAAAUCUGUCUCUUGAUGCUUUAGCGAAAGCUAAGAGAGUGUUACAAAUGCAGAAGGAACUGAAAGAAAAAUUGAAUAAAGCUCCACAGGUAGGACUAAACAAGGAGGGACUCAAAGUUCCUUCAAACUCUCCAGCACCUGCUAUGGUUGCUUCUGCAGCCCCCAUUCCAGCAGUACCGAGCACAUCAGCCUUGCCAAUUGCGGCUGCAGCAUCAGCGAAUCCACCUGCAGGUGGUAUGGCAGCUCUUGCUGGGAUUACAUCCAUACCAAAUAUAGAAGCUGUAAAACGAGCACAGGAACUAGCUUCCAAGAUGGGAUUUCACCAGGACCCGGAGUUUGCUCCUCUCAUAAAUAUGUUUCCUGGACAGAUGUCGACAGACGUGGUCGUGCAGCAGAAACCAGCCAAGACGCCUGUUCUGCGUCUAGAUGCACUCGGUAGAGAAAUAGAUGAGCAUGGAAAUGUAAUCAAUAUGCCUAAGCUGACUAAUCUCAGUACCUUAAAGGUCAACAUCAACAAACAGAAAAAAGAAGCAUUCCAAAUACUCAGGCCCGAAUUGGAUGCUGAUACAGAAUCAAAUCCUCAUUUCGAUGAGAGAAUGGGUGUAAAUAAAACGAAGAUUCUGAGGGCCAAGAGGAUGACAUUUCAGUUUGUGGAAGAAGGCAAGUGGUCGAAACAGGCAGAAAUAAUCCGAUUCAAGAGCCAAUUUGGGGAAGCACAAGCAAAAGAGCUCAAGACAAAGCAAGCGCAGCUUGCCAAAGCAAAGGCAGAUCUUGAUAUCAACCCAAAUCUGAUUGAGGUCUCGGAAAGAGUUAUUACCAAAGAAAAACCCAAGGACCCAAUCCCCGAUGUUGAGUGGUGGGAUGUGCCACUUUUAGUUUCUGGUAACUACAGUGAUGUGACUGAUGAUAACAUCGCCGACGACAAGCUGAAGAUGGAUAAAAUUACAAUUUACAUAGAACAUCCUCUUCCAAUUGAGCCCCCGGCUGAACCUGUGCCACCCUCGCCACAACCUCUGAAGCUAACGAAAAAGGAACAGAAGAAAUUACGGACUCAGCGUCGCCUUUCCAAGGAAAAGGGGAGGCAGGAUAUGAUACGGCAAGGUCUAAUAGAGCCUCCAAAGCCCAAGGUCAAGAUGAGCAAUCUUAUGAAAGUGCUUGGCUCUGAAGCUACUCAAGACCCAACAAGACUUGAAAUGGAAAUCCGCAGCGCUGCUGCUGAGCGCGAACAAGCCCACGUCGACAGAAACAUUGCUCGCAAGCUCACCCCGGCAGAGCGCCGGGAGAAGAAAGAAAGGAAGCUCUUUGACGAUCCGAGCACAUUGGAGACCAUCGUUUCUGUCUACAGGAUCAAUGACCUCUCGCACCCACAAACACGCUUCAAGGUCGACGUGAAUGCCCAAGAGAACCGACUGACAGGUGUCGCGGUGAUGUCGGACAGCAUCACUGUUGUGGUUGUAGAAGGGGGGAGCAAGCCCAUUAAAAGGUACUGGAAGCUGAUGCUCAGGCGGAUCAACUGGGCCGCUGCCGUGGCAGAUGAGGAAGAGGGAGCUGAAAAUGACGAAGAUGCACCCGUGAACAAAUGCGCGCUAGUGUGGCAGGGCAGUGUUGCGAAACCAAGUUUCAAUAGGUUCCUCAUCCACCAGUGCAGGACUGAAGCUGCUGCACAUAAGGUGUUCUCUGAUGCUGGGGUUGGACACUAUUGGGAUCUGGCUGUCAACUUCUCUGAUGAUCAAAUAUAGGAGAACGGUGGCGAUUAGGAUAUUCCAAUUGGACCUUAGCAAGUGUUGCACGCAUUGGAAGUGCGUAUUUUGUUGGUUGAUAAGCGCAACAAGCUAAGCGUCUGUCCUUCGAUCGACGCUAAAGUUCAGAUGCUUCUGUUGUUGCUUUUGAGCGGCAUCCAUUGGUGGAGAAGAAGAAAUUUGAGAUAAUAGUGGUACAGUGUGCAGGUCGCGAUUUGCUUAGUCACAUCGACUUGCUGACGGUAACUCACUUUCCAAUUUUUCGUGGCUUUCUGUGUUUACGUUUCAACAUUUUAGAAAGAUAUGCAUAUGAAGGGUAUUUGAAUUUGGUGUCGCAAUGUUAACAAUCGGCUGAUAUUGAAACUAGGGUUUCAAAGGUCCAAA